AAACAGUCAGUCAGUCGUCAGUCGUCAGUCGUCAGUCAAUCAGUCAAUCAGUCAGUCAGCACACCAACCCAAUACAGAGAAGACUUGAACAUCAUCCAAGAAGCGGAGGAAGAGCAAGCUGAAAAAUUACAUGAUGAAGCUCUAGAGAAGAAUAUGAAGGCACAGGCGGCAUCUAGGACCAACUCUCUCUCGCUCCAGCUCCAGCUCCAGCUCCAGCUCUAGCUGUCUCUCUGUCUGACCUCUAUCGCUCGCUUGCUCCCACUCUCACUGUGUAUGUGCGUGCCAAAGCAGUCAACGGAGCCAGAGCCUGCCACUGCUACUGCCACUGUCACGGCUACCACUACGGUGCACCUGUACGGUGGGUGGUUCCCUGUGGUUCGAUUCGGCUCUGAUUGACUUGCUUUGGUCUUUCCACACAUCCCUCUACUAUGUAUAUUCAUUUUGUGUCAAGUUUAACAGCGACGACGCCAAACGCCGGCACAUUUUGUUUAUUCCAUUUGGCAAUAAGUACGCUUCGGUUUUUUGUUAGCCAAGCCAGCCCAGCUAUAUCUAUAUCUAACUAUCUCUAUUUAUAUAUAUUUACUUAUUAGUGUUUUUAUCCCUGAUUUUCUUACUCAUACUUUGACGUUCUUGUUUUUGUGUGUCUUUGUUUCGAGUAAAGUUUGUUAUUUUUUUCCCUUAGUUGGUUUUUGAUUUUGAUUUUGAUUUUGUUUCCGUUUCUCUGUUCGCUCCAGCCAUCAGGAGGAGCAAGAUCACCGAACGAUUUGCUUUCAAUGUUUGCAUACGAAUACUAAUACCAAAACCAAUGCCAGUACCAAUACCAAUACCUAUACCUAUACAAAUACCAAUACCAAUACCUAUACCUAUACAAAUAUCCAUACUAAUACGAACUAGCUAACGAUACUAAUACCACCCGAUCCCCGUUGCCUAUGUACUCGAUGCCCCUGUUGAGCUUUUCGUUUUGAUUUUUUGCCUUGAGUUCCAUUGAGUUCCAUUGUAUGUAUCCCCAAAUAUGCCUAUAUCCACGCUCCACUUAUCGAUCUUAUCUCUAUUAUCUAACCCGCUCCGUUUUUGUAACCCAUCUCUCUGUUGUGACAUGUUUUUGAGUUGACUUCAGUUGGGUCCGGGCCGGAAAAGGACCCGGACCAAGGCCAAGGCCAACGCCACCACCACUACCACCACCACGGCAGUGGCGGUGGCUAUCUAGAAUAGUAUAUCGAAUAUAUCAAAACUUAUAACUUGUUUCUAUUUGUUUGUUUUUUUUUUACCACCUGAUUUACAUACUGCGUUCUUCUUCUACGUUCUUCUUCAUACCAAAACCAAAAACCAAACCAAACAAACAAAAAUACCAAAAACGAAAAAAAAAAAUAUAUAAAAAAUAAACUAAAAAAUAUAUAUAUAUCGAUAUAUACCGAAAAAAUAUAUAUACACCACAAAUUCAACGAUUUGAAUUUGGAUUUUCGAAAUGAAUUUGCAUAUUUAAAACCGGAUGAAAACGGGUUAAAUAUACAAACGAACAAAACCCCACCAAUUGAAAAUUGACAAACAUGAAUCGAACCCAUGAAUAUUGCCAUUGAAAAAAUGAAAAUCGAAUGCAAAUCGAUAAAUGCAUUUAGGCCCGUCGGCUUCUGGGGCAAAAUUGUCGGCUCUUUGUGCGUGAUCGCUGGUGUGCUGACAAUCGCACUGCCGGUACCGGUUAUCGUCAGUAAUUUCAAUUACUUCUAUCACCGCGAAACGGAUCAGGAGGAGAUGCAGAGCCAAAAUUUCAACCACGUUACAAGUUGUUCAUAUUUACCUGGUGCACUAGGUCAACAUUUGAAGAAAUCCUCACUCUCCGAGUCGUCAUCGGACAUCAUGGAUUUGGAUGAUGGCAUUGAUGCAACCACGCCAGGUCUGACUGAUCAUACGGGUCGCCACAUGGUGCCCUUUCUGAGGACGCAGCAAUCCUUCGAGAAGCAGCAGCUCCAGCUGCAGCUCCAGCUCCAGCAGCAGCAAGCGCAGCAGGGACAGCAGCAGAUGGGCCAGAAUGGCCUGAGGAGCACAAAUAGUUUACAGUUAAGGCAUAAUAACGCGAUGGCUGUCAGUAUUGAGACCGACGUCUGACUACUAGUCAAACAAAUGGAAAAUGGACGAAAUUUGCGCAGUGAAAUGCUACGUUGGAUGCCAGAAACGUCAUCAAAAGCAGUCUAAUUUAGAAUUUUAUUAAUAAAUACAAUUAAAAUAAUAAUAAAUAAUAAUAAUAAUACUUAGUAAGCAGCGUAGUUGUAAAUUAAACAGCAAAUGUAAAACACAGCCACACACAGAUACAGACACACACACACACACACACACAUACAGACACACUCAGUGCCAGUUCACUCAGCUUGAAUUAGAGUAUUCGUAUUCGUAGACACCAAAGAGUCAAACUUGGACUGGCUUUCAAGAAGGAUUUUCCUUUUUUUUAAAUUUAUUUCUCUUCUCUUAAUCUCACAGACACGCCACACACACGACACACACACACACACACAACACAGAAACAUACACACUCGAAGAAGAUAAAGAAAAACUCUACUUGAUACCUAUGUUCAAAUUUAGCAACUAAAACUAACAAUCGUUAUAGUCAACAACAAAACAACAAGAACAACAACAAAACAGAUACAAACAAAAAAAAACAAAACCAAAAAAAAAACUAAAAAACUAAAUCAAAUUAUCUUAGUAGACUAAUCUAAUUGGAGUUUCUUCCUUUCUUUAGAAGCUAGCAAAACAAAACAAAACCAAACCAAACAAAAACAUCCAGACAAAAACAACAAACAAACAAACAACAAGAAACAAACAUACAAUAUCUGCUAAUUUUAUUUUCAACUUUAAAUUAUGCUCUAUUAAUUAAAUAUUAGUCAAAUAUUAGUAAAAUGAAACUAAACCAAAAACUAAAGAAAAAAAAAAACAAAACAAAAUACAACAGAAACCAAAACUAAGGCAAAACGCGUAGCAAAAACGAGGAGUGGUAGCGGAUGCGGAAAUGAACAGCGGCCAGUCGCUGUUAAAGCAGUGCUCCUAACCUGCCCUCCAACCUGCAGUCGCCAAGCAGUUGAGCUAACGCUUGGCAGCAGUUACUGCACUGCUUGGCGGAUGCUUAGUGAAGAACAUGCAUAUAAAAUAGUUAGAAAAAUAGACAAUUGCUAUCUGAUUCAAGCUUGUCCGAUUGUUGGGAGAUCACAAUUGUAGGCUUUCAAACCUUGUCCGAUCACUGAUCAAUCUUAUAAUAGUCUUAUUCUAUUCCGAAUAACGUUGAUUCGCUGUACUAAAUCAUUCAAUUGAAACGAACAACACGAACAAAUGGCAUUCGCCGCUGAGUACUUAAGAAAUCAUUAAAUCUCACAAAACUAACAUCUAUGUAACAUAGAUGUUUCAAAAAGUUUAGAGUUACUAAGAGUCUUGGUUGAUAGAUACAUACAUAUAUACAGAUUGGAAGAGAUCAAAAUCAUGGGAAACUAUAUUUGUACUGCCUUGAGACAUCAAAUCAGCUGUUGUAUUUCCACUGAUCGACUAGUUGGCAGUCAGCUGUUGCCGCUCGCUAACAUCAAAUGAAAAAUCUUAGUGGAAGAGAACCAUAUUCACUCGUGAAGGUCGUGAAGUCUGCUGGUUAAGGUGCUGCUAAAGUCCUGCGUUCACUGGAAAGAGACAAACACACACACAUAUAGACGACACAAUGAACACAACAAACACACACACACACACACAUGAUAUUGCUAAAAACAUCAAAACUGCCGUUAAGUUUAAAUAAUGAGUAAUACAAAGAUCAUAUAUAAAUAAAUAUAUAUUAAAUAUAUACAUACAUUUACAUAUAAUUAAAUAUACAUAAACUAAACUAAACUGCUAUUUUGUAAAUAAGUAAGUCAGAGCUGAAGCUGAACAAAUAGACAUAGACAUAAAGUAUAUACAUACAUAUAUAUAUUAAUUAAUUAAACAACCAAAAAGAGAACCCAGAAAACCAAAAACCAAAAAACCAACCAAAAUCAUAGCUAACUAAAACAAGGGGAUACAAGACGAACCUAAAACCAAAAAUGGAAAAAAGAAAGCUGCUAACGAUACAAAAACAAUAAUUAAACUUAGCAAUUACAGACAACCGACAACAAGAACAGCAAAAACACAGAAAACAGAAAACGCCACAGUACAGAAAAACAAUAAGUAACAAACCAAACAAAACAAUGAACCGAGCUGAUCUUCCUAUUCGGAAAGCAGAACAAAAUUACAUACAAAAAUCGAACCCCAAAGCAAAAAUUACAUUUAUAUCAGACAGACCGUUAGGAAAGCCCGGGCACAAAAAGCGAUGCCAGCCAUGAUCUCUCAUCGGAGGCCUUCUGCUUUCGUCUAGUUUAGUUUAAGUUAGUCUUCCUCCAUUACAGCGAUGACCUCCAGGCAGAGUGAAGUGUUAGUAGUAGAAGUUUGUACUGUAUUUUCAAGGGAACACCGACCCGAUACCGAUACAUAGUACCUGAUGGUAACAAACGCUGAAGGAAAUAUGGUCAUCGCUGAUCUACUCGUAUUAUAUGUAUUUCAUUGGGGAACACUCACCUACCAGUUCCGUCAGAGUUGUCAGCUUGUAGUGCUUAGGUACGUGUCUUUCCUAUGUCCCUCACGCGCACGCACAACAACACGCAAGCCCACACAAACACAAACACACUCCACUGUACACCACACCACACCACAGCACAACACCAACACCAGAACACAAGGAAACACAUAUGCAGAGGCAUUAUAGGAUCUAAUAACGAACACACAUUCAUACUCGUUGGUGUAUCAAAGACGAUUACACGCUUUGAGUCGAACACUUGAUUUUCUGUCUUCCUAAUUUUUGUGAUUUGAUCCAAUCAAAAUCUUCUCAUUUGAAAACGUUCAAUCUAGCGACUUCAACUUUUGUCAAGCUUAAAAAACAAAACAAAAAGAAAAGAAAGAAAUUGCAUGCGCAUUCGAUAACUACCAGAAUAUUUGUAGAUGAAUUAUCGAGUAUAUCGCACUGCUUCCACUGAUUAGGAGAGCUUCUGCAGUGCAGUGCGGCGGAGUUUCUGCAUGCAAAUCGAUCAAUGCCAUAUCUAAAUUUCUCUAUACCUAGAAUCCUACCUACAAAGCUUUGCUUCUACUGCUCUUGCUAACCGAAACGAAACCAAACAAAACAAAAUAUUACAAAAAAAAGAGAACAAUUAAAAUAAAAAAUUGCACAAGUUCAGGAGCCACGAAUGACUUUGGACCACAGAAGAAACAUCUCACAAAAAAAAAAAAAAAAGCAAAAACCAAAAAUAAUAGAAUGAGAAAGAUAAGGGGAAGGGGAAAGGGGAAGGGAGGAGAAGGAAUACCAAACAGAGAACUAACCUACAGCAUGCAUAUAUACAUACAUACAUAUAUGAUAUUUAUAUAUAUACAGACAUAUAUAUACACAUAUAUAUAAAUGUGUUUUUGUUAGAUAUGCGACUGAAUAAAAGUUUUUAUUGAUUUGCUGCUUGAUGUAAUUAAGAAGAAUUUAAACCGAAACCUAAACCUAAACCUAAAUUAAACGAUAAUAUUUAUACCAAAGAAAAUCUGUAAAUAUGUAAAAAUGUAAAACGCAAAAACGGAAACCCCAAAAAAAGAAGCGAAGCGGAGAGAAAAUAACGUAAAAUAGAUCGAAUCAAUUUACAGCUUUGAAAACCGUCCACACGCACACAGCAAACGAAAGCGGAUGUAAAAGAGAUAGCGAAUAGUGCGAGCAUACAAGACAAGGAGAGCAAAAAUGAGAGGAGACAGACAAGGACAGAUAGAGAGAGAGAGAGAGAGAAAGAGAGGAAGGGAGAGAAUCAACUAGAACCGAUUGACAUUCUAACGUAUACUUGAUUUGGCCUUAAGCGCAGUCCGACACACACCAUACGCCCAAAUACACAGGUACAUAGGUGCACAGAUCGGAGCCACAGAUAUAUGUAUGCCGUUUGUAACAAAAGUUGAAGUAUUACAGCCUCACAUUUUACCAACAUAUAUGUUCGUGCCUCAUUAACAUUGCCAUUGUCAUAGUCACAGCCAGAUGCAUGUACGCAGAUUCAGUUUGGUUUUAGUUUGUUCGAUUCUGCGGUUCGGCCAGUCGAUAGAGCCAACAAAUGAGCAAUAACAAAAGAUAGAACACACAUAAAUACUCUUAACAUUAACUAUGAUAACUACACAGUAAUCUCUGCAUAGAAAUCCAAAUGAAUAAUACUACGAAUAAACGUAUAAAUAAUAAUGAAUUAAACAAAAUUAAACGUAAUUAAACGUAAAAAAAAAACAUAUCGUCUUAAAGUCAUGCAAAACAAAAACAAACCAAAUACAAAUAAAAUAUUUUUUUUUUUAUAAGCGUAAUUUACAAGCUAAUAUUAAAUAUAAAAAAACCACAAGAAAUCGCUAAGGAAAUAAAGCUUACUAUUAAAUCGAACGACGGAGAGAGAUAGCCGAUAGGCAGAUGUUAGUUUUAGAGCAGAUCAGAUAAUCGUACGAGCGAAUAGAGUGCGAGAGCGAGAGCGAGAGAGAGGGAGAACCAGGCCAGGCUACAACUAAAAGUGAUAUAAACCAAAAACAAGUCAUAAAACCACAAAAAAACAUACAAAAAAAUUACAAAAAAAAAAAUAACUUGCCAAAAUAAUUAAGUGUACAAGCAGAAGAAAAGACGAAGAGGCACAAAAGGGAAAGUAAGAGAACGAAAAGGAAAGGAGCAGAAAAGGAAAGACGAGAGGAAACUAUGCGCUAAUCAGAAACAGAAAUAAGAUCCUAGAUCUUAGCAGACAGCAGAAAGCAAAAGAAAAUGGGAUCCAAAACCAACAAGAAUUUACUGCAACAGAAUCCAGCUGCUUUCCAGCCCCCUCCAGCUGGGCCCCGUCCGCUUACCCUUCUUCCAUUGGGGCAGGUAGACAGUUCCCCUUGCCCCCGCUAAAGAACCUGCCCACUGUCCCUCCCCCCUGCCCAGAGAUUAUGUUGUUGCUCGUUUCAAGAUCUAUGUAUGUAUGAAGAGGAAUUGGGAGGAGGCAUGAGAAGUGAGAUGAAGCGUAUAAUAGUAUGAAUAAACACAAAGACUGGAA